CAUCUCAAUAGACCGACUGCUUCAGUAGUAAUUGAGCUGCCAGAGAAGUGCAAAUGUGCUAUUGCGACACCCACCACCCACUCUGUAUCAAAUGACCGCAACGAUAUUCGUGAAGCCAUCAUAGUUCCUUCAUUAGUUAUAGCGAUUGCCGUUGUGAUUAUGGUGAUGUUUAUGAUCCUCUGCCGCAGAAAGAUUAAGAUGAAGCUCCAUCAUUUCAGAAGGUUUCUUCCACAGAGUAAAAAGCGUGCCAUGCAA